GAUAAAUACAAAACAGAGAUCAUAAAAUUAACAAGCAUCAUUCACUGCAAAUGAAAUACUCAAAACUUGCUUUGACGAGGUGAUACAAGAUGAACAGUUCCUUUCUAGAAAAUUCAACUUUUGCAAACGCAACCGAAGCCUCUAAGUGUAUUCCUUUUAGAAAAGAAGAUUCAGUCUCUGUGAAGGCCACAAAAGCCGCGUGCUUCACAGUUCUGCUGUUGUUUUCUAUUUUUGGCAACGCUGCAGUCAUCGCCAUUGUUGCUAAAACCAGGCUCAUGCAAACCACUACGAACUAUUUGAUCGCUAACAUGGCAGCGUCAGAUUUACUCCUUUCUACAUUUGCGGUGCCCAGAGAACUGGCAGAGAUAUUCAUUGGUUUUCGAGGAUGGUUGUUCCACGGUUUGUUCGGGGCAAUCCUCUGUAAACUUGUUUACUUUUUCCAAGACAUUUCAACAGCUGUAUCGAUACAGAGCAUUGUUUUUAUUACGCUAGAUAGAUACACCGGGGUGGUGGCACCGUUUCGAAAACCAUUUAUAACCCCACGACGACGCAAGAUGGUGAUGGUUUCCACUUGGUUGAUAGCGAUGAGUCUACACGCCAUUUAUCUUUAUAUUUAUCGCGUGGAGAGAGCGAAUGGUGCAAAUGUAUGUUUUGUCAACUUUGAUCCAGGAUUUGACAAUUUACAGGGACUAAGAAUAAACUUUAUAAUUUUGACACUUUUUUUGAUCGUUAUUCCUCUACGUAUCCUCAUCGUUCUAUAUUCACUUAUAUUUAAGGCUUUAGAAAAGCAGAAAUCAUUUUGGCGAAAAUGUUCCUCUUCUCUGCUCAAGAGCCGACAAAAGGAAAAUACUGAAGUUAUCAAGAAAAUUCUGGUAAUUAUUUCUUUAUUUCUGAUCUGCAUUUUACCCAUGGAUAUUGUGGGUUUAUUAUUUCUUUUUGCAUGGCAUGAAGGAAUUCCGUGCGGUAUGGACAAUUUAAGCUUCGCAGUCAAGUUUAUUUUUUACUCCAACGCUUCCCUCAAUCCCUGCUUUUAUUUCAUCCUAAAUAACAGAUAUCGCCAGGGUCUGCGAAACCUCUUCAAAGGCCACAAAGGGUUGGUUCACGAAAGACAGAUAAAAAGCGUUGAAAUGACUACGUAUUAGUAGCUGUAGCUAAUCGACACCAGGCAUGACAUCUUUGAAUGUAAUAGUUUUUGUUAAUGCUAUUUUUUUUAUUUUUUUUUCUGCUCGCGAUAAAUUAAGCUCAUCAAAAUGGGUAGAUAGGCGGAUCACACCGUAAGAUAAUAUUGUUUUUUUAAGGGAGUGGGGGCGGAUAAAAGGGUUUAACAAGAACUUGAAUGGACAGUCUUGUCUUACACUCUUUUAACCUAUAUCACGAUAAUAACAUCUGUAACCAUCAAGAGAUAAUAAACUCUUCUAUCCACA